AUGUCCAACUCGUCCUCUCCAAAACAGGCCCCAAGGCCUCGUCCGUUACAUGUCUCCAGAUCCUUCACUCGUUUGGACCCAAAUCCCGAAUCUCUCCCAGCCUCGCCAUCCCGAGCGAGAGCUAGCACUAUCCAGACCAUUCCGGAAGCANAAGAUAUGACCUCUUUCUCCCACGGCGAUGUCUUUGAAAGUGUCGAGGAAGACAAGGCUGAAGAACCUGCAAUCAAUGUCCCUCCUACAUUUGACCAGCUUCCCAUCGAGAUCCGCAGCCUGAGCGAGCGCUUCCUCAAGUCUCUAUCUGCCAGGACUCACGCCAACCCGCUGAACAUUGAUACCAUCUCCGAACUAUUCCAAGACUUCUACGAGCAAGCAGAAUCUCACAUCUCCACUCAUAUCGCAACCCUUUCCACUCGCCUGUCCAGAGAAAAAUCUCCCUCGCGCUCCGCUGCCACAAAAGCAUUAGGAGGUGCACUCAAGGCCAGGAAGCAAAGCAUUGAACAAACCGUCUCUGCAAAUGGUCAGGGUGAACAACAGAUGCUGACCGCUUCCGAGGUUGCCGACCGUCGCAAGGCUCGCCGGGAUCUGGAGAUAAAGAGACUCGCUUUGGAAGAAGCUGUUGAAAGAGCCGUGUGUGAAAAGGUCUACGACCGCAUAUAUAGACACAGGAGUGCCGACGAUGAGGAGAGAGAUGCAAAGCUCCGUUCGAGAACUGCUGCCUUGUCGCUGGUCGGUAUCGGCUUGAAAGAGCUACAUGUUGACAUUGAGCCAGCCAAGGGCAAUGGUCUACCCACCGAUGAGAAAGAGCUACAUGAUGAGAUCUUCAAACUGCUGGCCCCAGCUAGAGACCAUCUUCAACGCAUGGACGACCAACGUUAUCCUCUAGGCAAGUUGCAGAUGCUCACUGAGGCCCACAAGAGCAUCGUUGAAACACUAUCUCGCAUAUUCCCUUCCUCUUCAUCUGCCGACGAAGUCCUGCCUACUCUUAUUUACACUCUGAUGACUUCACCUCCUGAAACAAUAAACGUCAUCAGCAACUUGCACUUUAUUCAGCUUUUCCGUGCACGCGCAAAGGUUGACGGUGAAGCUGCAUACUGUCUAGUCAAUCUCGAAGCUGCCAUCUCUUUCCUCGAGACUGUCGAUUUAGCUUCUCUAAGGGCUGAUGAGGCUUCACAAGGUGGCCUUAAGAAAGAGACUCGCAACGAGAAACCCACCGACUUUGCUCGUCCAUCCAGUCCCAAAUCGCUCGCCCCUGGCUUGACAACAACAUCAGCCAUCUCUUCAGACCUUAGUCCAGGAGAUACCUCACUCAAGCCUCUGCCUUCCCAGGCUUUUCUCAGUAACCCACCACGACCAGGAUUCGGCCAGCGUCGCUUCUCAUCACUGAUACAAGCACAAGCUGAACGCAUUGAAGCCAGUCGAGAUGAACUCAUGAAUUCUGCUGACCAGGCUUUUGACGCCAUUAACUCAACCCUCGAGAACAGCUUUAAGUUUCUGUUUGGCCGUAUGAAAGAGCAAGGCGCUGGAACUGAAGACUCUCCCAUAGUCAUGCCGCGAACUCUCGAAGAUGCGCGUAAGCUUGUCAGUUCACCACCUCUAGUACCCAUGGACAGCCACCCAAGUUUUGCCGAGUCACUGUCCUCGAGCCCUCCAGCAGAACCUCUCUCGGCCCCUCGAGUCGACAACGCUAUGCUGAAUUUAGUUGGUGGUCGCCUGCGAGAACGCAGUGUAGACAGUAACCGCAGCACAGGCAGCGGCAAGCGUGUGCUCUUCGCAGAAAAGUCGAACGCUUCUGCACUCCCUAACAACGCCAUCUCGUCUUCCCUUCCCACACAAUCGGCUGUCGAAUCUAUGGGCAACCUCAUGAACUCCAUCAACCCUCUAUCACGUUUUGGUGGCUUUGGCAAAUUCGGUCGUUCUGCAUCUGGUAGUGGUUCUUCCACCCCUUCCACACCUGCUGCUUCAUCUGCUGCUAUUGCCGAGAAGACCAAACAAUUGGGACAUAUCCCUGAAUCCGAAAAGUCGCCUGUUCAAAACAACAACGUACAGGCAGAAACCGACCUAGAUGCUCUGGAGGCAUUAGCACAAUUGAAAAAGGCAACGCCACCAGUCCAAAAGUUCGUCGAUGCGAAGAGUGCUUCCGAGUUGAGAAUUGGCGAUGUAGAAGAACUGUUGAAGGAUUAUCAGCGAUUGGCUGCUCUGAUCAGAGAGACUGUCAAUUCAUAG